CAGUUUUGCACUCUUACGAGUCCAGGUGUAGAUCCAGUAUAUAGAGGCAUAUUUUCUCAACACGCAUGUCAGUGAGCGUUGCUCUCAAACUUUGUGCGAAACUUGUGCGCUUUUUGGAAGACGGCAGGCAUUACCAACUCUGAGAUUUUGGGAACGAAUCCUAUUGUUCAGAUCCCUCCCCCUUCUUGGGAAGUGGGAGGACCCGAGAAGGCGUCGCAAAAGGGGGAAUUGUUUGAGAGCUCAGUCAUCCAAAAACGGCCUUUCAAUGUGAGAACUUAGGGAGCCGAAGAAAAUGUCGGUGCCACCGCAGUAAAUUACUAAAGCAGUAACGCUUUAGAGGGAAAAGACAGACAGAAAAUCGCCUUUUGGAUUUUUACUUCACAUGAAAAGUUGGAGAAAACUCGAGUCGUAGAAGUUGCGGGCUUAGCACUACAUAUUGCACGUUUUGGGGGGUAGUGUAUGGAAGAUGUCCGGACCAUUAGACUGGAUUCCCUGGGCCAGAAAGCGUCGGGUCCAAGCGCUCUGUGCACUGGGUGCAGUUCUGCUCUGCUGCCACCAGGGCGGCGCCAGCAGCAGCACCAGCACCAACGAUGACAUGCCAGUCUUCACUGAGGAGCCCAUGUCUGUGGUUCAAAAGCCGGGGGGCAUUGUGACCCUGCGCUGUAGCGUCCUCCCGCCCCAUGCCAACAUCAGCUGGCAUCUGAAUGGGCGCGAGCUCCUUGCAGACGACUGUGCAGAGCUGGGCGUGGUCUUAAAGCCCGGCUCCCUUGACAUCGUGUCUCUUAGCAACCAGACUAUCGGACGCUACCAGUGUGUGGCGAGCACAGCUGUAGGAGCAUGUGCCAGCGUACCUGCCAACGUCACCGCAGCAAAGCUGCGUGACUUUGAGCCCGAUCUCCAGCAGGACAUUGAGGUGGAUGAGGGGAACACUGCAGUCAUUGAGUGCCACCUGCCUGAGAGCCAGCCCAAAGCCCAGGUGCGCUACAGCGUCAAGCAGGAGUGGCUGGAGACCUCCAAAGGGAACUACCUGAUUAUGCCAUCAGGGAAUCUGCAGAUAGCCAAUGCCACCCAAGAGGAUGAGGGCGCAUAUAAGUGUGCAGCCUACAACCCUGUCACCCAGGAGGUGAAGACCUCCAUCUCCGCUGAUCGGCUGCGUAUUCGACGCUCCACCUCUGAGGCGGCUCGCAUUAUCUACCCUCCGGACUCGCGUUCCAUCAUGGUGACCAAAGGCCAGCGGCUGGUGCUGGAGUGCGUCGCCAGUGGCAUCCCCACCCCGCAGGUCACAUGGGCCAAGGACGGCUUGGACCUGCGUCACCAUAACAACACGCGCUUCCUCCUCAGCAACCUGCUCAUCGACACAACCACCGAGAGCGACUCGGGCACCUACGCGUGCCACGCCAACAAUGGCAUCGGCUCGCCUGGCACCGCCACCGUCCAGUACGAUGUGCAGGUUUUUGAGCCCCCUCAGGUGCGUGUGGAGCUGCAGCAGCCGGAGGCAGUGUGGGGCGACACGGUGCGCUUCGUGUGCCAGGUGCGGGGCAAGCCGGCUCCCAGCGUGGUGUGGCUGCACAACGCCCGUCCGCUGGCCACCUCGCCGCGGCACCGCUUGGCGGCGCGCACCCUCCGCGUGCUCGCCGUGGGCCCCCAGGACGACGGCAUCUACCAGUGCCUUGCCGAGAAUGGAGUGGGCAGCUCGCAGGCCGCUGCACGACUCCUCACCCUGCCAACUGGCUCCCCUUCUCGUGGCUCUAGGUUGCCCCUCCUGCCCCCCCUGAGUCCUGAUAAGGUGCUGCGUGAGCAGCCCCCCCUGCGUCCCCCCCUCAGCCAGGCGCCGGUGGACUGCUCAGAGGUGCGGGGUCACGUGAUCCCCGCCGAGGCGCCCAUCAUCCUCAGCCAGCCGCGCACCGUCAAGGCCGACUUCUACGAGCUCACCUGGAAACCGCGCCACGACGGGGGCUCUCCUGUGCUGGAGUACAUUGUCAAGUACAGAAAGGCGGGUGACCCCCCGGGGGACUGGACCACCAGCAGCAUCUCUGGCUCCGUGUACAAGUUGACCUUGGCCAAGCUGCAGCCUGCCAGCCUCUACGAGGUAGAGAUGACCUCCAAGAACUGUGCUGGCCUCGGACAGCCGGCCAUGAUGACCUUCAGAACGGGCAGAGGGCGUAAACUGGACAAGGACCAAAAUGGACCAAAAACCCAGCUGCUGUCUUCUCCUCGUCUCUCCCCUCCGGAAGCCCCCGACCGACCCACCGUCUCCACGGCGACCGAGACGUCUGCGUACGUGACUUGGAUCCCCCGCGGCAACAGGGGCUUCCCCAUCCAGUCGUUUCGGGUGGAGUUCAAGAGGCUGCGCAAGGGCGGAGACAACGAGUGGGAGGUGGCGGUAGAGAACAUCCCUCCGUCACGACUCUCUGUGGAGGUCACCAACCUGGAGAAAGGAACCUCCUACAAGUUCCGUGUUCUGGCAGUGAAUGUUCUGGGGGCGAGCCCCCCUAGUGCUCCGUCCAAGCCUUACGCUGUGGUGGGCAGUGGCAAGUCCUCCAACCCACGCCCAGUGGACGGACCCUACAUCACCUACAAUGAGGCCAUCAACGAGACCACCAUCAUCCUCAAGUGGACGUAUGCACCAGUGAACAACACCCCCAUCUACGGCUUCUACAUCUACUACCGGCCCACUGACAGCGACAACGACAGUGACUACAAGAGAGACGUGGUGGAAGGUGACCGCUACUGGCAUUCCAUCACUGACCUUCAGCCAGAGACCGCCUACGACAUCAAGAUGCAGUGCUACAACGAGGGGGGUGAGAGCGAGUUUGGGAACGUGGUCAUCCUGGAGACUAAAGCUCGUCCUCAUCAGCGUAGUACUCCUCCUGAGACGGCCUCCCAGAGACCAGAACAUUCCGGAGGUCCGGUGCCACGCCCUGGUGACCUGCCCUACCUGAUCGUGGGCUUGGUGCUGGGAGCCCUCGUCAUCAUCAUCGUGGCCUUCAUCCCAUUCUGCCUCUGGAGGGCGCUAACCAAACAGAAGCAAGCUGCCGACCUUUGCUUCCCAGCCGUGGCAAGCCCCGUCUCCUCAUGCCAGUACACCAUGGUGCCCAUGCAGGGUAUGGCACUGAUGGGCCACUGCCCUCUGGACCCACACAUGGCGCCCCCUCAUGCCAUCUACCCCAACGGAGAAUACAUCCCCAACGGCAAAGUGCCCACCCACACCCUGCCAGGAAUGCACCAGGAGGAUGGUCAUUGUGAGAUGGAAUGUGACACACUCCUUCCACAGUCUCUACCCAACGGACAUGCACCUGCUUAUCACUAUGCCAACGGUGGCCCUGUGCACCAUGAGGAGGAGGAGGAGGAGGAGGAGGAGGAGGAGGAGGACUGCUGUUUGCCAGAUGACUCGACGCUGGAGCUCCUCCGGCCCCCUCAGACCCUGGGCUCCCAGCAGUCACUGGAGCUACAGCACAUCCCCAGCGAGGCCACCACCCUGGAGGACGAGAUCCUGGCAGACCUGCCAAGCUGUACUCUAUCCACUCCAGUGGAGGACACGAAUGCCACAAUGCCUUUUGAAGAUGAAUUACUACCAGACAUGAACACCAGACACAACCUACAGCUGCCUGACGACGAAGAGACGUGGGACACAGCCGAUGGCUAAAACACUGUUAACACAAAACAAAAAAGAGAAAAGAGUAUUUAUUUUUAUAUAAGAGAUGUAUUUAUAUAUUUAUAUAUUUGUAAAUAGAACUUCGAUUUUAUGAUGUAUAGGUGAAUUAUGUCUAUAUCAUAUAUCUGUGUUAUUACUCCUGGUCAACAAAACCACCAGGACAAAGGGACUGUCCGUAACCAUGCCUUUUAAAUAAUCCCGUCUGCCUUAAACAGAAACAGAUGCAAGCAUUAACACAUCUUAAGAUAACUGUAUUACUUCACGUUCCAUGCUCCUACAUGGAGUGGUCAGUGUGUGUUCUCAUCGCAAGAAGCAAUUUUGCAAAAGUAAAGAGCUGGUUUUAUUGCUGAUCUUAAGCCACAUUCCACUAUAAUUAAAUACUUGGGGUUACUACCUCAAUGCAGUUUUUGUUUAAAACAAAUAUGGCUUGUACUGCGGGGGUUGUAGAGAUAUCAUUUUAUUUUUUACACAACAUAAGCAAACACAGAACACAGACUUUCUGUUUGUAGUUGAUUGUCAGGCAUGCAUUAUCAGGCUGUACCCAGUUUAUACACACUUAGAUCUAUUAUGCUGGAUGAAGAGUUAGAAUGUUCACCUCUGUAAUUUGUGGAAUGUACAUUUGAUAAGCAGCUAAGGAAGAGGUCAUUCUGGAGAAAAAAACAUGUUUGUACUGUGGUUUACAAGAGCACUAUCCCUUAUCUACAAUGCCACCCAGUCUUUGAAGUCAUUAUAUCUCCCACAAAAGUCAAGUGUCCAGUGAAUGUAAAUGUACUAAUUUCUAUGGUCGGGGCAUUUUAUCUGUUAACUCAAGCGCACUGGAAGUCCUAUUGAAAUAGCUUCAGGUCAGUUAAGAGGGUUGCGUUCGAUAAUCUUGGCAGUCUGGUGUGUGUUUUCUCGUGCUCAGGCAGUCACGGUGAAAUCCUUUCCAGCUGAGCACCAUGAAACUCCUCUGGUACGAUCCUGUUAAGACUCAUCCACGGAGUUACAGAGGAACUGCUGUCAUAAAUGUUCCCUCAGUGCAGUUGCAUCAUGGCCGGCAUCCUGCUUAAUGCCAGUGUUCUGGAGUUGUGCAUAGAAAUUAAUACAACAUAUUAUGUAUGUUCACCAUUAACAAUCUAUUAACAAAUGUAUGCAAUGUACAAGCAUCCUGCCUUUAGUAGAGUAGAGUAUGAAAAAAAGAGAAUAUAUUGUAGCUAUUUAUUUAUUUUUCUUUAGCUGCCUGAAAUGUCACUGACUGGGAAUCUGUCUGGAAACAAAACUUACCUACCUUUGAAUAAGCUCGUCUUACCGAUAGGAAUGGAGGUCAAGUUCACGAUUCUGCUGGACACCAUUGCAUUGUUCACUAGAGACUGAUUUGUUUAGAGCCACACAACUCACGCAUCAGUAUUAGCCUUCUCUCAAGGCGGUGCCCAGAUGGCUUCUGACUGUGGAACGAAACCCGCCCCAAUCCGGGCCCGAUCCGUUCUAGGGUCCAAAUGCCUAUUGGGGAGGAACUAGGCUUUAUAUGAAGGAGAGCCUGAAAACUAUAACCCAUUUUGGUAGUGAAACAGUUGUUACACAGGCUUGAGCACUAUUGCAUGUAAAUAAAGCUGAGGAAAAACUCA